AAGGGGGAGAAAGCAAUCCCCCCCAGCGCAAAAACGACACAUUCUCUCUCUCUCUCUCUCUCUCUAUUAAUAUUUUUGCCUCGUUUAGACCAGAAAUAUUAUAGUAAUUUAAAGCCUGUAUUAUGUUUGAAUUUCUUUAACCUUAUCUUCCUCUCCUAUAUAUAUAAAUUUUCUACGCACACUCAGGUGUCCCUACUCGCCCCCCUCUUGAUUCUGCGAUAAGAAGAAACUUAGGCAUCCCCACCCCACCACGCAAAACACAGAGAGACAAGAGAGAGAGAGAGAGAGAGAGAAGGAGAGAGUGGGGUGAUGGAUAAAAGCUGUCAUUCCUCUGGAGAGUCUACCACCACCACCGCCAGCAGCAGCAGUAGCAGCAACAGCAAUAGGGAUCAGUACUUUAAACACCUUAACAAGCUUUCUCACAAGAUCUCCAAGCCCAUCAGAAGAACGCCCCCUCCACCCCCAUUCGAUCACACCCGCCGUCAACCCCCGCCGCCGCCUCUACCGCCGCAGCCGCCACACCCACCGCAACCCCCGUCGCAACCGCAGAAUCUGCAGCAGCCGCCGGUGUACAACAUCAACAAAAGCGAGUUCAGGGAUGUCGUUCAGAAGCUCACCGGAUCGCCCGCCCACGAGCGCUUCUCUACUCCGCCCCCCAUCAACCCUCCUAAACCCCAGAGCUCUCGCCUCCAGCGCAUCCGCCCUCCGCCUCUUGCCAGCGUCAGCAACCGCCCUCCUCCCCUCCCCGUCGCCCCUCCGCUACCACCCUCCGUCGCUGCCGCCGCCGCCGUAAACCCCAACAACCCCAUCAUCAACUCCCACAGCGCCGCCCCCGCCGCUCCAGGUCCUAACUACGCUGCCAAUUUCUUACGGCCUGUAGCGCCGUUGUCUCCCUUGCCUCCCUUCCCCUCCGUCCACGGGGCGGCGGAAUCACCCAUUUCCGCCUACAUGAGGUACCUUCAGAGCUCGAUCCCCAACGCCGAUUCCGAUCUGAAACAAUUCUCUCGAUAUUCUCCGCUGAUUUCCCCGCGGUGGAGCAACCCCACUCCGCCUCCGCCGCAGCCGCAGCAACAGCCGAUCCCACCUCCGUCACCCCCGCCAUCAUCAGUUUCGAUGGCCCCGUCACAGUUUCCGAUGCCUUCGUCACCGCUGCCAUUCGGGUGCCUGCCAUCGCCCAAGUCCCCGUACCCUCUGCUCUCCCCGGGUCUGCUGUUUUCGCCUACGGCUGGUCAAUUAGGGUUUCCACAGUUUCCCUUAUCACCGAGGCUGCCCGUACCCAGCCCUCGAUGGAAGGAUCUUUGAGCUUCUUCAGCAGGUGAGCGCUGCUUAUCAAACACAGUCGUCUUAGAGCGUAGGACUUCAUGUUAAUGCCUAUGUAUAUGGUUGGCUUGGGGGAUCAUUCAAUCGCCGGGUGUUGGAUGGGAAAUUAUCUGACCCUGGUUAACAGUGUGUGGUCUGUAUAUGGUUACCAAAUAUGUGAUAGCAAAACCCUUUUAGAUUUCUCUUCGCAUUUUUUGAUUUUUCUGGAAUAGGGGUGAGGGUCAAUUUGUUAAAGGUCUUGAAUUUUUGGCUAUCGUGGUUUUUAAUUAGUUGUUAAAAUGUUUAUGCAGUGAAAACUUUUCUGUUUUCAUUUGUUUGGUUGCUGAGAAAACUGAGGAAAAGGAAUUUAUAGCUUUACUUUUUUUAUGCAUGGUCCCCAAAAGAAAUUGGGGAACCUAAUUGUAAGUGUCUUAUAUUUUCAGCAGUGUAUUUUUAUUUAUGUGUUGAGCACUUAA